AUGUUCACACGGGAGGAGGUAAAAGCUGCUAUUGAUCAAAUGCACCCUCUUAAGGCUCCUGGGCCUGACGGGCUGCCUGCCAUCUUUUUUCAAAAGUUCUGGCGUAUUGUAGGCUCGGACGUGUAUAGCCUUGUGCUGGCAAUUCUGAAUGACGGGAAGGAUCCUAGCAUCAUUAACAACACUUUCAUCACCCUCAUCCCCAAAUGCAAGAACCCCAAGACUCCAAAAGACUUUCGACCGAUUAGCCUAUGUAAUGUUAUUAUGAAAAUUGUGACCAAGACAAUUGCUAAUAGGAUCAAGAUGAUCCUCCCGGAGAUCGUUGACGAAGAACAAAGCGCUUUCAUCCAUGGUAGGCUUAUCACUGACAAUGCCCUCUUAGCUAUGGAAUGCUUCCAUUGGAUGAAGAAAAAAACCAAAGGGAAAAAAGGCGUCAUGGCCCUCAAGCUCGACAUGUCCAAGGCUUAUGACCGGAUUGAGUGGGAGUUCAUUAUUGGGACCCUUCAAUCCAUGGGGUUUCCGGAGACCUUAACUUCCCUUAUUCACCGCUGCAUCUCCUCCGUUACCUACCAGAUCUUAAUCAACGGGCAGCCUAGCAGGAUCUUGACUCCGGAGCGGGGGCUCCGCCAAGGGGACCCCCUCUCUCCUUAUCUUUUUAUUCUCUGUUCUGAUGUUUUUUCAGGUAUGCUGAAGCAAGCAAAUAGGAACAAAAGCCUCCAUGGGAUCAAAGUGGCCAGAGGUGCCCCCAUCAUCACUCACCUUUUCUUUGCUGAUGACAGCUUAUUAUUCACCAGAGCUAGUGAGAAUGAAGGCAGUGAAGUCAUGAACCUUUUGAAGACAUACCAGGUUGCUUCGGGACAAGUUGUCAACUUAGAGAAGUCGGAGGCAUCUUAUAGUCGAAAUGUGCGUGAAGAAGUCAAGUUAUUGAUCCAAAACCGGAUGCGAGUAAAGACUGUGGCGAGACACUCUAAGUAUCUUGGUCUUCCAGUUAUCUUUGGUAGGUCUAAGAAGGAGAUUUUCAGGCUGGUAAUAGAGAGAGUGUGGAAAAAGCUUAAAGGCUGGAAAGAAAAGUUCCUAUCCAGAACCGGAAAAGAAAUCUUAAUCAAAGCUGUAGCCCAGGCUAUACCAAGCUACAUCAUGAGCUGCUACCGCCUUCCUAGUGGAGUGUGUGAUGAGAUCGAGAGCUUAUUGGCCAAAUUCUGGUGGGGAGCUAAGAACGGGGAACGGAAGCUACACUGGCUGUCUUGGGACAAACUAGCUAGCUCAAAAGGAAGUGGAGGUAUGGGGUUUAGGGGAAUCAGCAACUUCAAUACCAGCCUGUUGGGGAAGCAUUUUUGGAGGCUGCUGAAGGUGGACAAUUCUCUUUUUGCAAGAGUUUUCAAGAGCCGGUACUACCCAAACUGUUCCAUCAAAGAGGCAGCUUUGGGCUACAAUCCCAGCUACGCAUGGAGGAGUAUUCUGAGUGCUAAGGACUGUGUGUGUACAGGCUCGUCAUGGAGGAUUGGAACAGGCUCUAAGGUGAGUGUGUGGAAGGAUAACUGGGUUCCGGGAUUUACGAGAGGUUUGCCUUUAAUUCCUAAUAGUUUGGUGGGGAGAGAAGCUGUUGUGAGUGACCUUAUCAACCACUCUACAAGCUGCUGGAACAGAGACUUGAUCGUGGGGAGCUUUGGCCCUUUAAUUGCUCAUAAGAUUCUCAGUCUCCCUCUAUCCUGGCGCACUGUUGAAGAUGAGCUUAUUUGGACGUGUGAGAAAAAUGGCGUGUACUCUGUCAAGUCUGCAUACCACAAGCUUCAAUCCGAAUCUAUGAGCAAGAAACCGUCUUCCUCGGGAUCCAAUUUUAACCAGGUUUGGAAAAGAAUCUGGCACCAUCAUUUGCAACCUCGUGUGAAAAGCUUCCUUUGGAGGCUAGGCAAAAACAUUCUGCCCACCAGAACUAACCUCCAAAGGAAAGGAAUAAGCCUUGACUGUGUGUGCCCUCUAUGUGGCUUGGAACCUGAGUCUACUAAUCACUUGUUUUUGCAAUGUAAUUUCUCAAAAGCUGUUCACUUUUCUUCUCCUCUAGGUGUUAGAGUUCCCCCUGACAUGGAUGUCCUUGAAUGGCUUAAAAUCUGCCUGGAUAGCACGGAUACUCUCUGUUCCCAGAUGCUAUGCUCCUUGCUUUGGAAGAUUUGGGAGGCGAGAAACCUCUUGCUCUUCCAGAAGACUGCAAAGCCUCCGGAGUUUGUGGCCAUGGAAGCGUGGGACACGGUGCUUGAAUAUAAUGAUGCGAAUCCCAUUCCAAAGAAGAUGAAUCCGGUUCCUUCUGUGUGGAAUUCCAAGAACCAUGACAAGGAACUGGCGAUAAUCCAAGUGGAUGCAGGAUGCUAUGAAGAAGGGGUGGUGGCCUUUGGCUGUUUGAUAAAGUCUUGGGACUCUAAGGUGAUUUACGGAGCAUGUAAACGGGAGACCAUGAGUGCUGACCCUGCUCUGGCUGAAUUGCUCGCUAUCCGGUGGUGUCUGCAAGUUGCAAAGGAGAUCCAUUUGGACAAGAUUAUUGUUCAAUCUGAUGCAAUGACAGUGGUAGAUGGGAUUAAUUCCAAUAUGUCCAAUGCCGCUCUUGAACUGAUCGCAGGAGAUGUUAGAGAGCUCUGUAGCUUUUUUAAGUUUAGUGCUAUUAUGUACCUCAAUAGGUUGUUCUUGUCUGAUGCCCAUAAUCUUGUUAAAUGGGGCAAAAUUCUCGGGGCUAGAUCGUGGACUGUUGAUCCCCCCGUUUGUUUUUCUGUUAUGGCCCCUGUGGGCGUCUCUUUUUAA